ACGUGACGCCUUCUUUCCUAGUUUGAGUAGGUUACUAAUACGCAUUUUAUAAAAUAAUAAUAUGCAAAUGCAAAUUCGAGUGUGACCCAAAUAUUCACGGCUGUUAGUUUUUCGAUUCUCACGAACGAAUGGCCCGUGUAAAAUGAAAUGUCUUCAGAAUGUAUCUUAAAUAUUCAGUCAAGUUAUACAUACAAUGAUCGUUCGAUUGUCUGCUACAGACAGAGCUAUUUGUUAUGUAUUAAUACGGACUGGUACCGACAUCCGUUGACGUCCAAGUGUUUUCAGUUGAGCCACGUCGUCGACCGCAUAACGUGCUCGGUACGAAACAUUUAAAUAUGAAAGACUCUUAGAUACAAUACUUGAAUUAGUUAAAGCUGUCAGUUGAAGUGAUGGGACGAAUCGGUUCGGUGUCUCUAAAGCAAUAGAAACGUUUUAUUGAUAUUCUAAUGAAGUCUACAAUAGAAGAAAGAGUUUGAGUAAAAGUAUUUAUCAAGCUCGUUUACAAUGACAGUGAUAAAACGUAUCGUACCCCGCCGUAUACUGCUAAGUUGCCUCGGACUUGUCUGCCUCAUUGUGAUAAUCGAUAGAGGCGAACAUGGAAGUGAAUGCAAAUUGUCGUGUCUCAGUUAAUUAAUGAGGACUUUCGCAUUGCGGGGUCGGGUCCCCAUAACAUAGCAAUAAGGUAACGGGUGAGUUCAGUCGCCACCCACCGCUGCGCGAGGCGUGGUGGCCUCGGCGCCGCUCAGGCAGUCAAAUAGUCAACGCCGGAAAACGUGGUAGUCUGGCGGUCUGCGCCAAAACGCGCGUUAAGCUCGCGCUGUCUUCAAUCGGCUCAAAAACGUGUGUAGUGUCCGCGCUUUUCGAUGCUCUUCGCUCCCAUCGCCGUCGAGGCGAUGAAGUGUAAAGAGGAAAACUGCGAGGUCGGCGUGGUCCUCGAGCGCAACUCACUCAUCGUGCUGUCAGUAAACAAGACCAUCGUCUGCCUCUGCGGGAGGGAUAGGAACAAUCCCUUCGAGCGCGGCAAGCUGCGUAAGAGGGAGGAGCACUCUGCUUCCGUACAUCCUGCUGAAGUACUCCAAGCUGCGCCUGCGCCGCAACCGGAUCCUCUUGCAUUUCGCCAGCAGCCCUUGUGGCAGUUUCCGCCGCCGCUGCCUCCGCCUUUCGUCUAUCCUCACGAUCAGGACAACUUAAUGCAGCCGCACGGCAACGAGCGUGCCAGUUUCCGCAGUCUUCGCAAGAAUAUCGGUGGUCGUUGGAAACGACUAGUGAAAAAGAAGCCUGAACAGGAAGUUUACACGAUCCCGCCUGAGCUCAAGCCACAACUUAAGCAGAUAUACGUUUAUUAGACGCUCUAAAAGCGAAUCGUAUUUAGUAUGUUAGUACUGAAGCAGGAGACUUCAAAGGCGCUGGUCUUAAGCGUUGACGUCAACCAAAACUCAAUGGUUGUUACAAAUUCAUAUCAACAUGAAUGUAAAGAAAUUUAAUGUAACAUCUGCACGGCUCGGCAGCCAUUUUGUCCUUAGACAUAUCUUUUCGACCAAUUAUUUCUAAUGACCAAUUUACUAAAACUUUCUUCAUUUACUACUUCUAUGUGAUUUCAAGCCUUAGAAAUUGUAUUAUUAUUAAGUAUUAGAACACUGAUGAUUGUGAGUGUUGUUCCGUAGCAGAAAUCUGAACGUAGUGUGCAGCAUGAGUGAUAGUCAAUGAAUUUAGUUUAAUUAUUAAUUUAAAGCUAUGAAUGAAAUUAGUAAGAUGCGGUCGCGCAUGUUAAUAACGAAUAUCCAAUAAUUAAAGUAAUUUAACAUGAUGCCUUGUUGAAUGUAAUCUUUCACUAGUUAGGGCACUUUGUGGGUCAUUAAUUUAUUGUAAAGAUGAUCGUAUUCUUAAGUGAACAUUGAUCAAAUAUUUUGUGACGCUGUGCAAAUGUGCGAACACAGCGUGAGAGUUGAUUGCGGAGCCUUAUUGUUUGAUGCAGUAUUUUUAUAUCAUUCAUUUGUGUUGGUGAGUGAGACUGAAAUGUUAUGGUACAAUGUAAAAAUUAACGUGACACUGAGAAAUAUCUCAGGCAAAUGUUAUUUUCUGAUAUUAUUGACAUCUAUAUUUUAAAAAAAAAACUUCACGAUGGAGAAACUAUCUAUCAAUUGACCUAGUUUUUGAAUGUUAUGUUACAAGCAUGCUGUGUAGUUGUAAUUUCAGAUUUUCGCCCGGUCCCUACUGUGAUAAUAGAAAUUGAUGGAAUAAAGAAUGUUGAACAUGCAGAAAAAAGUGUUUUGUAUUAUAUUAAAUCCUUGUCAAUUAAUAUUGAAUGGGAGGGCCGUCGGUCGAAAAUUACGAUAGCUCAUAUUGAGCCUGAUAUUUUGAUGAUUUAAGAGUAGCGUAUAGUAGCACUUAGAUCCAGCCAUGAAUGUAGUUAUUUUUCUUAAUUGAACAUUUAACUGUUGAUGUACAGAAAAAAAGAAAAUACUUACGAUGUUAAUAAAGUAGCUAAAUGUACCUUAUUUAGGACCUUAUUUUGUUUCGAAAAAAGAAUGUAUUUGUUCGAUAACGCAAAAUAAAUUCCAUCAUGAUAGUAA